AUGUCAAGAACAAAUGAUGAAGAUUAUGAUUACUUAUUCAAAAUAGUUUUGAUAGGUGAUUCUGGAGUGGGAAAGACAAACAUUUUGAAGAGAUUCAUUAAUAAUGAAUUUCAACUUGAGUCGAAACCAACGAUUGGAGUUGAAUUCGCAACUAAGACAUUUCAGCAAUAAGGGAAAUCAGUGAAAUGCUAAAUCUGGGAUACUGCAGGAUAGGAGAGAUUUAGAGCAAUUACAAAUGCAUAUUAUAGAGGAGCUGUGGGAGCAUUUAUCUGUUAUGAUAUCACGAGAGAAAUCACAUUCAAAAACACAGAAAAAUGGUUAUCAGAGUUAAAGGAACAUGCAGAUGGGAACAUUGUGAUUAUUAUGAUUGGAAAUAAAAUAGAUGCAGUUGAUUCAAGGGCUGUGAGGACAGACGAGGCCUAAGACUAUUGUGAAUCGCAGAAAAUAGGAUUCAUCGAAACUUCAGCAUUGGAUGGGACUAACAUUGAUGUUGCAUUCAAUAAGAUUGUAGCAAAUAUUUUUAACACAAUUGGUUCUAAAAACAUUAAGAAGGUAGUUUAAAUGGCAACAGAGCAAGUACUCUUGGAAAAACCAAAGGUAACGCAAUCCAAAUCGAAAAAGAAUAGAGAAGGAUGUUGUUGA